AUGAGAGUCUGUGCUCCUCUCACUGUUGUCUUGGCUCUGAGUCUGAGCAGUGACUGUACAAGGAUGCAUGACACAUCUGGGGCAGGAAGAGGCUCAAGGCUUGAGUUCCCUCGCCCACAAGUGUUUACAGAGGAUGGACAUUUAUGCAAAUUCCCUUUCCGGUUUGGUGGAAGGUUUUAUCACACGUGUUUAUCAAAUUUAUUUUCCCGAAAGAAAUGGUGUUCAACAACACAUAACUUUGACCGGGACAGGAGGUGGGGACACUGUGAUUUGCUGCCCGGAGACCAUCCAGAUCACUGCGCAGACAACCCCUGCCAAAAUGGAGGGACCUGUUCUCUCACUCACAGCCACAGGAUGUACCACUGUACCUGUCCUGAGGAAUUCACAGGCGAGGACUGUCAGCUGAAGAAAUGUUUUGACAACAGCCUCUAUGAAUUCUUUGAUGAGGAAGUGAGCUGGUCGAGAGUCCAAGGAGGAGCAGUGGAGCAGUGCACGUGUGUGCAUGGCCAGAUGCAGUGUGAGCGCGUGGAACACGAGAGUUGUGCUGAUAAUCCUUGCAUGAAUGGUGGAGAGUGCAAGAUGGUUGUCUCCACUGGGAAAACAGUAUGUGAUUGCAAAGAAAAUUAUGCAGGAAAGCAUUGCAAUAUUGUCCCGAGCCAACGGUGCUACAUCGGCAAUGGCACGGAUUACAGAGGGACAGCCAACACAACCAUCUCUGGACACAGCUGCUUGCCUUGGAAUUCUGACCUGUUUUACCAAGAGCUUCAUGUUGACACCAUUGGGAAAGCAGUGGAGCUUGGCCUGGGACCCUUCCCUUACUGCAGAAAUCCAGAUGAUGAUGAUAAGCCCUGGUGUUACAUCAUGAAGGACAGCAGUUUGUCUUGGGAGUAUUGUGACAUUCCAAGUUGUGCAAGCAGGGAAAGGAGGCCACUAGUUCCAGCCACAGUAGAUAGUUCUGCAAUCACCAAAAGACCAUGUGGAAGAAGACAUAAAAAAAGAAGUUUUGUGAGACCUAGGAUUGUGGGGGGAUCCUCAUCUCUGCCUGGAUCUCACCCCUGGACAGCAGCUAUAUAUAUUGGAGAGAGUUUCUGUGGUGGCAGCCUGGUUCAGACCUGCUGGGUUGUGUCAGCAGCACACUGCUUUGCUCACAGUCCACUAAAAUCUACCAUUCGAGUAGUUCUGGGUCAACAAAUAUUUAAUAAAACAACUGAUGUAACACAGACAUUUGAGAUAGAGAAAUACAUCUUGCAUCCUCAGUAUUCCGUGUUCAAUCCUACUGAACAUGAUAUUGCUUUGAUUAAGCUGAAGAAGAACGGCCAACGUUGUGCUGUCAAGUCCCAGUUUGUUCAGCCCAUCUGCCUGCCAGAAAGUAACACUGUUUUCCCUGACCAGUUGAAAUGUCAGAUUUCUGGAUGGGGACACAAGCAUGAGAAUAUAUCUGGUUAUUCAGAUGUCCUGCAAGAAACACUGGUUCCACUUAUUUCGGAGGAGAAGUGCAGAAGUCCUGAAAUUUAUGGAACAGAACUCACAGAAAAUAUGUUCUGUGCUGGCUACUUUGAUAGCAAAUCUGAUGCUUGUCAGGGAGAUUCUGGCGGACCUCUGGCUUGUGAGGAAAAUGACAUCUCUUACCUGUAUGGAAUUAUCAGCUGGGGAGAUGGCUGUGGCAGAGUCAACAAACCUGGAGUAUACACAAGAGUGACAAACUAUGUCCAGUGGAUUAAUGAGAAAAUAGGCUCCCGAAAAACAAGCUGAAUAGUUAAAUACACUAACAUUUGAAGCAGGGUUCUGGAGUCUUCUGGUUUUAUUAAAAUGGCAUAUAUAUUUUAUUACAAGCUGGUAUGAAAACUCUCGUGGUAAUUCUUAGCAGUUCCAAGCCAGGCCACCAAAAGCAGCCUGCUCCAUCUGAUGUCAGCUGCCUUGAUCUAUCAUUCAAGAACUGUGGAUUGCUCAAUGCACCUGACUGCCUUUAUUUGUCUUAAAAAAAAUCUCAAACAUAUUGACACAGUGCACAAAAAUCUGAAACUCUCUGUCAGCUUGGUCGAUUAUCUAAAAAGGGAUUUGAUGUGUUCUGCAGUUUCUGGUGGAGCUGUCAUCCCCCAAACCAUCCUGCAACAAUAUUGUCCUUGUAUUCUCAGUUGAAAUGAAAAAAUAAACACGAGAAUCAAAAAUGAAAUUCCCUCUCCCUGAGAAAUGAUCGCUUGAAGCUCAGGGCAAGAGACAGCAAGAGAACAAUGUAGGUAAAGCUGCUCCUCAGCUAACUGCAACAACAAGUCUGGGGAAAGAAACCAGAGGGUUUAGGUUUUAUUUCAACCAAACACGUAAGCAUAUUUUUAUAUAAACAUAUUUCUGUGUUCCACUGACGUAAAAUCAGGAACGUGCCUCAGAGCUCUGCUGAAUCUGGUGUGCAAUUUCCCAGCAAGGUUAAUGCAACACCUCCUGAGAGCUCAGUCUUCCUGAAAAAUAUUGUUAUCUGGAGCAGCUGAUUUAGGUUGAUACAGCCAGGACCUUCUGCAGACUGUGAUCUGCUCCUUGCCCUGAGGAUAGCAAUGGAAACACUUCACCUUGCUGAUAAAUCCCUCAGUGUUUCUUUAAUUUGACAGUGUUUUGAAGAUGUCUUAGGUUUUGUACUAACAAGUUGUUCAACUAUUUAGAUAAUUCAGAAAGGAGGUUUCUUGUAACAGAUUUUUCAACUGGAUAGCUGGGGUGCAGCUUGACAUUUUCCUUAGGGAUUUGGUGACAUCAUAAACCACAGGCUUUACUGUCAUGGCCUAUGGAAUUGUUAUGGGACCAACCAAAGCAAUUAUUACAAUAAUUACAGAUGUUUAGAGGCAGUGGACUCAGUUGCAUGAGCAAAAACAGGCAGAAAAUUAUUCAACAGAAAAAGUCGGACAAAGAAUGGAAAAUCCUUUUUUUUUCCUUUAGCCAUGUCAGAUGUGUAUAUUUAGGUGUUGAUGUGAAAAGUAUUUUUCCCCUGGCAGUGAACAUUUAUGAACUCUCUUAAGUUUUUCAAGCAAAGUUGUUUUUUAAAGUAAUAGAAUUUUAAAGUGGUGCCUAGAUAUUCAGAUGUUUUUUGUUUGUAGUUUCCUCAUGGGUUUCUUAGUAGUGGUGAAUGUUAUUUACAGUAAAAAGAGAUUUUUAAAGGAAAAAUAACCAAAACCUGCAUCUGUAAGUAAAAAUAUACAACAAUGCUAAUCUAGAUAAAUGAUGUAAACUGUUUAAUAAAAACAUUUACCCUCUGUUUCUUGAA